AUGCCUCGGGCACAGAAGAGUAAGCUCUGCACCGGGGAGAAGCGCCACCAAGCCCAAGGUGGGACCCGGCCUCAGAGGGGUGCUCAGGCCCCUGCGGCCACGGAACAAGCAUUCCCUUCCUCGGCCUCUCCUCCCUUUGAAGUUCCUACUCAGAGAAAUCCUGCUGCCAGGUCACGUAGCGCUCCCAAGAGGUCUCAGAGGGCCGUGUCCGCCACCACAAAGUCUGCAGGUGUUUCUCGCACAAGAUCAUACAAAGGAGCCGACUGCCAAGUUGAGAAAAAGCAAAGUUCCGUCCAGUCCCCACUCUCCAUUGUGCAGUCUCAGGGGGACCCUGUAAGCAAAACAGCAAGUGUUUUGGUACAGUUCCUGUUGCACAUGAGCAGAAUGAAAAGGCCCAUUAUGAAAGCUGAUAUGCUGAAGUUUAUCAAUAAAAAGCAUAAACAUCGCUUCGUUGAGAUCCUCGAAAGAGCCUCUUUCAGCUUGGAAGUGGUUUUUGGUGUUGACUUAAAAGAAGUCGAUCCUACCAAGCAUUCCUAUGUCCUUGUCAGCAAAAUGAACCUCCCCAACAACGGGACUAUAAACCGUGGCAGGGGGUUUCCCAAGACCGGCCUCCUGAUGAAUCUCCUGGGCGUGAUCUUCCUGAAGGGCAACUGUGCCGCCGAAGAGAAGAUCUGGGAGUUCCUGAGUAAAAUGAGAGUCUAUGCGGGGAAGAGGCACUUCAUAUUUGGGGAGCCCAAGAAGCUCAUCACCCAAGAUUUGGUGAAGCUCAAGUACCUGGAGUACCGGCAGGUGCCCAACAGCGAUCCUCCACGCUAUGAGUUCCUGUGGGGCCCCAGAGCCCACGCCGAGACCAACAAGAUGAGAGUGCUCGAGUUUUGGGCCAAGAUUAACCAAACAGUCCCAAGUGCCUUCCACCCUUGGUAUGAAGAGGCUUUGAGAGAUGAGCAAGAAAGAGCCGAAGCCACAGUCACACUCCAGGCUGAGACCGAUGCUACGGCCAGUGCAUGUUCCAGGGCAUGUCCAGCAGCUCCUCCCACACCUAGUGAGGUCGAGUCCGAUCCUUCACAUUGUGACUGA